AUGGCACCCCUCUCAGAUGACAAGGCGUCCGAGGACGCCGGGCACGAUUCCAGCUUUCACGCCACCUUGGACGCUACAAACGCACCAGACCCAUCAACUGCUGAGGCCAUGGCCUCUUAUUUCUCACCGACACCUCCAUCCAGUCCGGAAAUCCUACGGACCCGAGCGAGCAGCCUGAUCACAUCUAACAGCACUGCAUUCAAGGGUCCUUACGGACUGCUUCCUCCGCCGAAGGAAAGCAGCGAUCUCAGCUCUAAGAAGGACGCAAAAGAGAACCAGCCGAGCUGCUUCCCCGUCACCCUGGCCACACUGCCGGGAGAAAUCAUCUUGCAAAUUGUCGCAAGUGUCUUUGAACGCUACGACGACGAUGUCCGCGCAGGAUACAAUCAAGAUGAGGAAAUUUGGGAGCCACACUUCGACGUCACAGAAGUCAGGUUCCAUAGGUUUGAUAUUUGGAGAGACAUCGCUCACCUUGCAUCGACUAGCAAAAGACUGAACGAGAUCAUCACGCCCAUUCUCUACACAGAAGACAUCGAGCAAAAUGACUCUUCCUGUUUACUUUUGUCGGCAAAGACAAGAAAUCUUCCUGGGAUCCAACAGUCUUUGCUUUAUGGUGCCGAUGUAAAUACAGAGGACUGCACCGAGUUCCACCUCCAGGACGGAGAAUACCACUGUGUCACUCGCAUGCCAGUGUUAGUCGGCCUGACGUCCCUGCACUGGUCUGCAUAUUGCCGACACUCUGCGGCAUUGCAAUUACUUUUGGAUCAUGGCGCCGAUGUCAACAUUGAAACCAGCAUAGCAACUUCUUGGGGCGACCGUAGAUUCGUGACUCGCCCUCUUGCAGGUUUCUUUCGGCAAUUCGACGAAGAGUCGUAUGACAUCCCGCUCCAUGUAGAGCAUCUGCUCAGGAAUGAGGUUGAAGCUGGAGCAAAUGCGCUCUACUUUGCUCUGAUGGAAAUGAAAGAUAGUCCAUGCUCCGACAAUCGUUACGAGGCAUGCUUGGCUGCCACAAAGCUUCUCAUUGGGGCUGGGGCAUCACUCACUACACAUCGCGGCAUCGAUCUCCAUGCGCUACAUCAGGCAUGCAGCAAUUGGGACUUGGAGACCGCUCGAUUUCUCUUGGAAAACAAGUUGGUGAAGCACGAUGUCAGAGAUGCCCUCGGCAACACUCCGUUGCAUUAUCUUGUGAUGGAAAGUCCGAGUCCAGUCGGUCACAAUGACCCGGUGCCGCUCAUCCAACUCCUCGGAAAACAUGGCGCGGAUGCCAACGCGAGGAAUGCGGCUGGCUACUCACCGCUGCAAUGUAUCGAAGACAAAUCAACAACUUGCUAUGCUAGCAUUGCGACUGCGCUGUUGGACAUGGGUGCGCACGUAUCACCGGACACCGUCUCGCCACUAAAGCACAUCGGAGUAGCGGUAGGUGGGGAGGCCAAGUUGAAGCUCGAGGCGGCCGUUGCUGCUGCAAAAAGAGAAGCUUGCGGCAUAGAUGAACUACCGGACAUGCUUUCGGCCAACAAUAGACGAGGGAACGAGAGGCUUGCAGUCCAUGCAUGGAUGUACAAACGAUGGCUACUUCGAAGCGGCAGCGAUAAUGAUACUGACGAGAUGUUUGUGGGAGAGGGCACGGGAAACCGGACACUCAACGAGUGGAAUGUCUUUUGGCGAUCAACAGUAGCCUAG